AUGUUACCAGCAAUGAACUCUCCCCAUAGGCGUGGAAGCACUGUUGUUCGUUGCUCGGGCGAUUUCACUGUAUCUUCUUGUUUUCUCCCACCUCUUUUCUCUUUCUAUCAUUCUCUUUUCUUUCUUCUGCUUCUAUUUUGUUUCUUUUUUGUCAUCAUUUCCUUUUUAGUCCUUUUUAUAUUCUUUGUCGUCGUCGUUGGCUUUCAUUUACACCAUUUCUUUCAUUUUUCUUUAUUUAUUCAAAUAUUUUUCAACCUUUCUUCUUUUUUUUCUCUUUCCCCAAUUUACAUUUCUUUUUUUUUUUAUUUCUCAUUCUUUCCUUCUCCUUCUUCUGUCGUUUGCUUUCUUUUUCUUCUUUCCUUAGAGUUUUUCAUUAUUCAUCAUUUUUUUUACCUCGACUCAUCCUUUCUUCUUGCUUUUGUAUUUGAUUCUUCCUUCUCCUCUCAUUUAUUUCCGUUUUUCUUUACUUUUUUUCUGUUUUCUCUUUCUUUAGUCUUAUUUGUUUUUGUUUGUAAUUAUUCUUUUUUUAUUUUUUCCAUUCUCACUAUUUCCUUCUUAAACAUUUGUCGUUUGUUUUCUUUUUCUUCCUUUCUUUCAAGAUACAAUUAUCUUUCGAACUUCCCUAAUCCUCACGUCUUGUUUUCGUAUCUUAUUCUUUUUUCUCUUCACUUUUUCUCUCUUCAUUUCUUUUCUCUCUUUCUUUUUUCUCUCUUUCUUUUUUCUCUCUUCACUUUUUCUCUCUUUACUUUUUCUCUCUUUACUUUUUCUCUCUUCAUUUAUUCUCUCUUCAUUUUUUUCACUCUUUAUUUUUCUCUCUUUAUUUUUUCUCUCUUCAUUUUUUCUUUCUUUACUUUUUCUCUCUUUACUUUUUCUCUCUUCACUUUUUCUCACUCUUUUUAA